UGGCUGGUCAAGUUUCCCUGCCUGCUCUCUCCCUCUCUCUCUCUCUCUCACACACACACAUACACACACACACACACACCAUCAGGCCGCCGGUGGUUACCUUGUGUGUUUUCGAGUCGCCACAGUGAGCCUGGAGGCUGCGGACCAUGCGGGGCUCCGGGGACAGCUGACACAGAGCCGCGAGCAGCAGCAGCCAGCCAGCCAGCCAGCCACUGCGCAUGCGUCAUGCCGGGCUCGGUCAUGUGCGCUUGAUGAUGGUUUCCUGAUAGGGCACGUGCACAGUUUUGAGGUGAUUUACCUGUGGAUGAUCAGCCAUGACCGACCUGAAGUCCAAGUCGGAGGGCCGGCGCGAGGAGGACCGGGAGGAGGGCCCGGACGGCGGCUGGGGCUGGGUGCUGGUGGCCGCGCUCUUCAUCAGCACCAGCCUGGUGUUCGGCCUGAUGCGGAGUCUGGGGAUCUUCUUCGUGGAGUUCGUCCAGUACUUUGAGGAAAGCGCUCACGCCAUCUCCUGGAUAUCCUCCAUAGGACUGGCAUCGCAGCAGUUCUUCAGCCCCCUGGGAGCGGCGCUGUGUAACGCCUAUAACACCAGGCUGGUGGUGAUGGCGGGCGGCCUCCUGGCCGGACUGGGCUUCAUCCUGGCGUCUCAGGCCACCAGCGUGUUUCACCUCUACCUCACCAUGGGCGUCGUCUCAGGUUUCGGAUGGGGCUUGAUCUUCAGCCCCAUGGUGGCGACCGUCAUGGCCGCCUUCACCCGCCGCCGCGCCCUGGCGCUGGGCCUGGCCUUCUCCAGCAUCGGACUGUCGUCCUUCGCCUUCAACCCGCUCUUCCUGCUGCUGGUGGAGCGCUACGCCUGGAGGGGGGCCCUGCUCAUCCUGGGGGGCCUCAGCCUGAACAUCAUCCCCUGCGGGGCGCUCAUCCGCCCCCGGCGGCAAACCAAAGCCCCGCCGAAGGCCCGCUCGGCUCCGGCGGGUUCGGAGCGCCGGCAGUCGUGCGCCCAGAGGGUCUCCUCCUACCUGGAGCUGUCGCUGCUGCUGGAGCGGCCCUACCUCACCUUCGCUCUGGGCGUCAGCCUCUUCAACAUGGGCUACUUCGUGCCGUACUUCCACCUGGUGGCCCACAGCCGCCAGGCCGGCUUCUCCGAGUACCAGGCCGCCUUCGUCAUGUCGGCCGCCGGCAUCACCGACAUCCUGGGCCGCGUGGCGUCCGGCUGGUUCGCCGACCUGGGCCACUUCCGCCUGGUCCACCUGAUGAGCCUGUGGACGUUCCUGGCCGGGGUCUUCAUCAUGCUGCUGCCCGUCAGCUCGCUGACCGGCUCCUACGCCGCGCUGAUGACGGUCGCCCUCUUCUACGGCUUCACCUCCGGGGCGCUGACCUCCCUGGUGUUCGCCGUGCUGCCCGCCAUCGUGGGCGUGGAGCGCGUGAUGGGCGCCCUGGGCCUGCUGCAGCUCAUCGAGAGCUGCUCCGGGCUGCUGGGCACGCCGCUGUCAGGCUUGCUGAAGGACACCACAGGGAGCUACGUGGCGUCCUUCCUGGUGGCCGGCGCCUUCCUCAUCCUCGGCACCUUGACCAUGGCCACUCUUCCUCACUUCUUCUCCUGCAAGAAUCCUCUUCCUCCUCCUCCUCCUAAUCGGAGAGGCUCCGCCGCCGACAAGGAGUCCAGUCUGCACCCGGAGCUGGAGCAGAUGAACGAUCUGACCUCCGACCCCAAUCAGAGGGGACUGGAGUGAUCCGGCAGGUCAACAUUUCAGUUUCAAGCGAUGGGUUCAAGGCGCGGGAGCGCCGCCAAUACACACGCCACUGUGUGUGGCGGUCAGUCGUAUUUAUACCUCAGAAACUGGCUUUAAGUGAAGAAUCCUUUAAACCGGCAGGAAGGAGCUGCUUCUGUGAUUCAGAAGGACAUUCACACAUUUUGUUUAUCAUCUCUGUUCGUUUGGAAAUAAGAAAAACAAUGAAGGUGUACAUAUUUUACCUCAGAGGGAGAACGGCUCUGAAUGGAAAACUCCACAAAAAUCAAGAGUUUAGAAUUUUCUGAGACGUUUGUGAGACUUUCACACUUCAAAGUUUUUGCACACAUGUGAUUCAUUUAUAGCAAUCCUCACUUGCACUGCGUAUUCCAAAAGUGUAUGAUAAUCCACAAACGUGUUGCCGGCCGUCAUAGUAAUCUUUUUUUUAUCUGCAGAUAGCCAUUAGGGACAACUGCCAGCAACACAAUAAGUAAAUCAUUAGUGGAAGGGUAGAUAUUUAAUCUUAAAGAGAAAAUAAUCUGUUGAAACCAAACGGAGAGCGCUAAAGGCCAGAAGUUUAUGUAGUUUAUGAAGUAGAGUUGCGUUCCCUCAAAGGGGCGGUGAGGACAGAGAAAAAAAAAGAUAUAAAUCUGAUUUAGUCUCCGAUAAUAAAUCAGGAUUUUAGUGAGAUUUUCAGCUUUUCUCCUGACAUGGAGUGAAGCUUCUGAUUUUCUGAAAUUUUAAUGAAAUAGUUGAGGCCAGCUGAAGAUGUUUGAACCCGGGCUGUCAAGAGUUAAUCACAUUAAUGUAGGGUCAACGAAAGAUUAAUUCUUUUUACAGUUUGAAAACUGUAUUUGUAAUGUCGUAAAUGAUUCCCUAUACUUGUAAAAUACUUUUCCAGGUGGAAAUCAGCUAUGGAUUAUUUUCUAAUAUUUAGUUCCUGCUCCGUUCUUGCUUUAGACACUGGAAACUGUCCACCACAUAUCAGCAUGAAGCUUUUAAACAUCUUGGUGUUUUAUAGACCAGUAAGUGCUUUAAAAGCAGCCCGAGCUUCACGCUGCUUCAUGAAGGGCAGAAUAAAUUCCCCCGGAGACUCUCGGUCUCAGGAACUCUUCUCACCGCCAGUGCUUUAUAUUUUAUAUUCCUCUGCAGAAACAUGAGGACUUCUGUAUUUUUGUGAAGGGCGAGCCGGGGGCGGCUCUGUGAAGCGGGGGAUGCCGGGAUAUUUGGUAGGAAUGGAUGCUUUACCUCGUGAACCACCCUGCCGUCUUAAAUCAACCUGACAUGUUUGAAUUCCACAUGUUGCACUUUACCUUGAUUAAAAAAAAACCUUUUUUCUGUUGCAGCGUCUCUGUUUGAAUAAUGACGGCGUCCUCUGCUGAAAACAUUCACACACACGUAAGCAUGACAGUCUCAUUUAUUUGACCUGAAUACAAAAAAACAAUCAGAUAACUUAAAGAAAAUGAACAUGAACAUUGUCUGAUGUCUUAAAAAAAAAACAGUUUGAUGGCAUUCAAUUAAAACACAUUUUGUGAAGUGGACAGAAGAAGCAGAAAGGAGAGAG